GAGUGGAUGGCUGCCUGGGCUCCCACUUACAUGUGGCUGGGGGUUCUGGAGCAGCUCUCACUUGCUUUUUUUUAAGACCUAGUCAGUUUUCUUCCAUUGGUAGCAGCGGAGUCCUUGGUCAGCCUCCAGGCACACAGAAGGAGGGGUCUAAGCUGUGUACCCACAGCCCCUGUGGUCAUGUCCCACCUGCCAUAUCCCACCUACAAGAAAUUUGGUGAGCGACCACAACCUAAACGCCUCACCAGGGAAGCUAUGCGAAAUUAUUUGAAGGAGAGGGGUGAUCAAACAGUACUAAUCCUCCAUGCAAAAGUUGCACAGAAGUCAUAUGGAAAUGAAAAAAGGUUCUUUUGCCCCCCUCCAUGUGUGUAUCUUAUGGGUAGUGGAUGGAAGAAAAAAAAAGAACAAAUGGAACGGGAUGGUUGCUCUGAGCAAGAGUCACAACCAUGCGCUUUCAUUGGAAUAGGAAACAGUGACCAAGAAAUGCAGCAGCUAAACUUGGAAGGAAAGAACUAUUGCACAGCCAAAACAUUGUACAUAUCUGACUCAGACAAGAGAAAGCACUUCAUGUUAUCAGUAAAAAUGUUCUAUGGCAAUAGUGAUGACAUCGGUGUGUUCCUCAGUAAACGGAUCAAAGUCAUCUCCAAACCUUCUAAAAAGAAACAGUCACUGAAAAAUGCAGACUUAUGUAUUGCAUCAGGGACAAAAGUGGCACUAUUUAAUAGACUUCGAUCCCAAACAGUUAGCACAAGAUACUUGCACGUAGAAGGAGGUAAUUUCCAUGCCAGUUCACAACAGUGGGGAGCAUUUUACAUUCAUCUCUUGGAUGAUGAUGAAUCGGAGGGAGAAGAAUUCACGGUGCGUGAUGGCUACAUUCAUUAUGGACAGACUGUCAAACUUGUGUGCUCAGUUACUGGCAUGGCACUCCCAAGACUGAUAAUUCGAAAAGUGGAUAAACAGACAGCGUUAUUGGAUGCAGAUGAUCCAGUAUCACAGCUCCAUAAAUGUGCGUUCUACCUUAAAGAUACUGAGAGAAUGUACUUGUGCCUUUCCCAGGAGAGAAUAAUCCAGUUUCAAGCCACUCCAUGCCCAAAGGAACCAAAUAAAGAGAUGAUUAAUGAUGGAGCUUCUUGGACAAUCAUUAGUACAGAUAAAGCAGAAUAUACAUUUUAUGAGGGGAUGGGACCGGUACAUGCUCCAGUAACACCUGUGCCUGUUGUAGAAAGUCUUCAAUUGAAUGGUGGUGGGGAUGUAGCAAUGCUGGAACUUACAGGACAGAAUUUCACUCCAAAUUUACGUGUGUGGUUUGGGGAUGUGGAAGCUGAAACCAUGUACAGAUGUGCAGAGAGCAUGCUGUGUGUCGUUCCAGAUAUUUCUGCAUUCCGAGAGGGUUGGAGGUGGGUCCGUCAGCCAGUCCAAGUUCCAGUAACUUUAGUCCGUAAUGAUGGCAUAAUCUACUCUACCAGCCUUACCUUUACAUAUACACCAGAGCCAGGGCCACGACCACAUUGCAGUGCUGCUGGAGCAAUUCUCAGAGCCAACUCAAGCCUCAUGGCUUCCAGUGAAACAAAUACAAACAGCGAGGGAAGUUACACAAAUGCCAGCACAAAUCCAACCAACGUCACAUCAUCUACGGCAACAGUAGUUUCCUAACUACUGUUGUUUGUUUGGACUUUAAUUGACUCUCACGUGCUACAGGCAAGAAAAUGGAACAAUUUUUGUGGUUUCAUGGGAAAACAGCUUUCCAUUCUAAGUGAUAUUAUUUGAACUAUGUUACCUGCAAGUGCUGAUCUUAAAAAAAUAAGAAGCCACAAUAAAAAAAAUACAUCUGAAAUGUAAGAACUUUAUUGAAAAUCUAUUUUUCAGCUGUUUUUUUAAUGGGCAAGAAAUAGAAGUGUGGCUGGGGUACAAGUUAAGCUAAUUAGAAAACAUGAACACAACAUAGUUUUUACGGACCAAGGAACUUGUAUAAGCUUUAGUAUAAAAGGUACAUUUUCACCAUACCUUUUUUGUAUCACAACAUAUAGUACACUUUUGUUACCAAAUAGUUUCUAUUUUUUUUCCUCUGAGCUUUUGCUCUGAAGUAUAUUCAGGUUCCAAGCCUGACCAUGCUUGUAUAAUCUAAUUACCAUACUCUUCCAGUUUAAAAAAAAUAUAUAUAUUUUUGGUCUGUGGCUGGAACUGUUCCUUUUUUUAAACUGAAGUCUUGUGACUUUUUAUGAACUGAAAUUGUUUUUAUUUCAGCAAGUAGAACCUUGUAAAGGCCAGCAUAUUUUUUUUAAGAUUAUAUGAAGUCUGUGCAAAAGCUUUAAAAAAAUGCCUCUGCCUUGCCUGCAAUACAUGCAAUGUAUGUUAACUUUAGUGCUCUGUUUUCAGUCAUUGUUAAUAGUUAUUUCCAUGUUUUCCUUUUUUAAAAAUAUGUAUUUAUAGUGAUAAUUCAUGAGGUUCUAACAUUACAUGAGUUCAAAAAAUGUGGCAUCUCAAACGGUCAUAUAGAUGAUUGUUUGUGUCAUAAGCAUACAUUGGUGUUUUGAAGGGUUUAUUUCUGGGUUCUUCCUCCUUCCCACCUCAAAGUCAAAAAGCAUCAUAAGUGUUUCACUAUCUGUUCAGGUUUUUUCUAAUCUUGUACAUAAGUUGUAUUAAGUGUAAGUUAAAUGUUUAUUUUCUAAGUGGGAUGUUCCCAGUUGCUUCAUUUGGCAGCAUGUCUUCUGUCUUGUUGGCAUGUAUCUAAAUAUCAUGAGAAGUAUUUGCUACAAAUGGGAUUGGUAGGUAAUGCCCUUCAUCCUUACACAAUCAGAAUUGCAAAAAAAAGCGGGGGGGUUCUUUGAUACUAUUCAGUGAAUUAAGCCAGAUAUUAGUGUAAUCCUUGUACUGAGAACAUGCUUUCAUUGUGAAGUGAUCAUACCAUAAUAGCUAGAAGUAAAAUUUAUUACUUAGAAAAAGGCAAUUAGAAGAUUAGAAAAGCACUGUAAAGAUGUCAACUCCUCCCAUCUGUAUUUCUGUGGGGUUU